CUCAACGAUGACGGCGCAAAUCGCGAGCAGACACGCGGCUUCUUGCAUCGUUCUUGCACCGUUGCAUCGCAAAACGUGUGAUCGCCUUAAUAACCGAUUUAAAGAGGAGCCGCAACGUCCGUAUCAACUCAGGACAACAUUUGGGGCGAAAUCGUAAAAGUAUGAAGUGCCUGUUGACGAUCGUCGUUCUCGUGGCUAUUGCCCCGUCCAUUAAGGCGGAAACAUUCAAAGUCACAGAUCAAAUAUACUUCGAUAUCAUGAUUGAUAACCAUCCAGUUGGCAGAAUUGUUAUUGGCCUAUUCGGCGAUAUUGCGCCGAAAACAGUAAAGAACUUUAUCACUUUCGCCACCACUGGUGUAGCUGGAAAGAAAUAUACGGGAACGAAAUUCCAUCGCGUGAUAAAAAAGUUCAUGAUUCAAGGUGGUGACGUCGAAAAUGGCGACGGUACCGGUUCGCUUAGUGUUUAUGGCAAAUAUUUCGACGAUGAGACUUUUGAAGUGAAACACAGCGGGCCAUUGUUCGUCAGCAUGGCAAAUGCUGGAAAAAACACCAACGGUUGCCAAUUUUUUAUUACUACUAUAGCAACACCUUGGCUAGACGAUCACCAUACAGUAUUUGGGAAAGUGGUUAACGGCGAAGCUGUGGUCUUCAAGAUCGAACAGACCAAAACGGAUAGCGAUGACAUUCCACUCGUUCCCGUAAUAAUCUACGACAGCGGAAUUCUACCAACGGAGCCAUUUACCAUAUCAGAUAAUCCUUACGAUGCAUGGGCGUGGAUUAAGGCGACCUGCGUACCGUUGGGAUUUAGCUUCUCGAUACUCGCGGUCUUUCAUUACAUGAUGAAACAGCUGGACGUCUAAAGGCGAUCAAUCUCGAGAUAAAAGACUGAUUUUAAAUAACAAAUUUAUGCCUUAACUUCUAUUCUAGAUUUCAUAUUUAUUUUUCUACGUAGAACUGUGAUGAAUUGUACGCUACUUAAGUAUAUUAUUCUUAUAAAAGAAUUUGUAUUGCGUGUAGAACUGACACACAACGUAGCGCGAUUUGCUUCGAUAAGACGAGGAGCAUCAAGCGCCAUCUCCUUGAAGACCGCGAUAACAGCAUUCAAAAAUUGCUCCAUUUACUUUUCGCAAUAAAUUAAUAAAAUACAAAAACUAUA